UUAUUUCGUUUUUUUUUUUUUUUUUUUAAAUCUUAAAUUAAUUGAAAGAGAGAGGUUGCACCGCAGUUCAGUUCUCAAGCAGCAUCUCUGGUGUGUGAAGUUUUUGCUGUGGUUUAUUUACUCAUCACUGUUUAGACACAAUGGAUUUAUUAUAACCAGCACUGGGGCCCAGUUUACCAGGGUGUGACCCAGGAUUGCCAUAGGCAUUCUGGUGGGCCUCCCUUGUUUUCUCUAGUUGCUCACCUGCUUUAACAUCCUGAAGUCAAGUCACAUUAAGAGCAGAUGCUGCGGUAAAGAUGAAAAUGAGUGCUGUUUUGAAUCCAUGGUAACGGACUGGUAAUGAAGAAAGAGGGUGUCCGAAUUCAUAGCAGCGACUAGAAAAUCACAGAGGAGCAGCGACAACACAAAGCAGGAGAACUUGGUGAUCUGACAUUAUUUCUGGAUUCCAUGUAUUGUAUCGAUGGAGACACUGUUCAAACCAGCGCUGCUGCUGCUGCUGCUGCUGCUGCUGCUGCUGUUAUGGUGCAGUGUCUGUGCUUUGGAUGUUCCACUGGAAAUCAGACAGCCUCCAACCAUCAUAAAACAGUCUCUGAAGGAGCAUAUUGUUGACCCCAAAGACACUAUGGUCAUCGAGUGUGAGGCUAAAGGAAAUCCCCAUCCUAUUUUCUCGUGGAGGCGCAAUGGAAAGUAUUUCAACGUGGCACGUGACCCUCAGACAUCAAUGCGCAGGCGCUCAGGGACGCUGGACAUCUAUGCAUGGAACAAUCCAGAACAAUAUGAAGCAGAGUAUCAGUGCAUUGCCUCCAAUCAGUAUGGCUCUGCGUACUCCAACAAGAUCAGACUUAAACUAUACAGACCUCCUGUAUGGCCGAGGGAGAUUCUGGAGCCUGUGGUGGUUAGUGCUGGACUGCCUCUGGUUCUCUCCUGUGACCCGCCUCGAGGCCCACCUAAACCUGAUACCUACUGGAUGUCCAGCUGCUCGUAUGCAAGGCCCUUUAACUGGCCAAUUCAGACAGCUUUUCCCACCAUGCAGCCUGUGCGGCCAGACCACAGGGUGUCCAUGGGAGUAAACGGAGAUCUGUAUUUCUCUAACGUCUUGUUCAAUGACUCUGCCACCGAUUACUGCUGCAAUGCCCGUUUCCCCUAUAAGGACGUCAUCCAGCAAAAGAUGCCAGUGGUUGUUAAAGUGCUUACAACUCAUGCGGUGGCCGAGGCCGCCCCCACCUGGCUGUCUCCCAUAGGGUCAUCCAGCUCUAUACAGGUCCUGCAAGGAGAGGAACUGUUGCUGGAGUGCAUCGCUGCAGGACUGCCAACUCCUCAUAUUGCCUGGACCAAGGACGGCAACGGGCUGGUGGUAAGACCACGUAUGAAAGUAAAAAACUUCAACAAGAUGAUUCAAAUCCAGAAGGCAUCUCUUGAAGAUGCCGGUGAAUACGUGUGUACGGCAACCAAUAAGAUUGGAUACAUCGAGCACACAAUAACCGUUCAGGUGAAAGCGGCUCCAUUCUGGUUGGAAAAACCAACCAAUCUGGUGUUGGCUCCAGAGGAAAAUGGGCAUUUAGUAUGUCGAUCUGAUGGGAUUCCUCGCCCCACCAUCCAGUGGUUCAUCAAUGGCGAUCCAAUCGACUUGUCCACACCGCAGCCAAACAGACAGGUGUCAGGAGACAGGUUGACCUUUCAUAGUGUGACUGCUGAAAACUCUGCCGUGUACCAGUGCAAUGCUUCAAAUGAGUAUGGGUAUUUACUGGCCAACGCCUUUGUCAACGUACUGCAUGCGAUGCCGCGUAUUCUUGAGCCGAGGAAUGAACUCAUCAAGGUGGUCGAGGGCAGUCAUACGUUCAUAGACUGCCGCUACUUUGGUUCUCCAGUUCCUGAUUUGCGAUGGUCAAAAUACGGACAGGGGAAUCUUGAAGGGAAUCGUUUUAAGACUCACCGUAAUGGGACCCUGGAGAUAAAAAGCAUACGGAUAGAAGACCAGGGCACUUACCUGUGUAUAGUCAGUAACAUCGCAGGAAGAGAUGAGAGUCAAGUGCGCAUAGAGGUCAAAGAGCCCACUUUAAUUGUAUCAAGACCAGACAAUAUGAAAGUCAUCCGUGGGAGUGACGUGCGCUUUGAAUGUGCUGCAAAAUCUGACGCGACUACACCCAUCAAAACCACAUGGAUGAAAGACAAAAAGCAAGUCAGUCUUGGGUGGAGAGUCUCUCUGGAUGAAUCAAAUCUUGUCAUCAUUAAUGUGAACAGAGGAGAUGAGGGUGAUUACACAUGUGUCAUCAAGACCGAACUGGACCAGAAGUCUGUGUCAGCACGCCUGUUGGUGAUGGAUCGUCCUGAUCCUCCCACCAAUCUGGAGUUGUCAGAUCCAUAUGAGCGCACUGUGAGACUAAGUUGGGUUCCUGGAGACAGUAAUCACAGCCCCAUUACAGACUACUUAGUGCAGUAUGAUGAGGAUGACUGGCUGCCUGGUAAAUGGAGAAACCUUUCAACGUACCCUGGGAACCUCAACUCUGUCAUCCUACAUCUUUCACCUUUCUCCUACUAUGAAUUCCGGGUCAUCGCCAUGAAUGCCAUUGGGUCAAGUCGUCCCAGUCGUCCAUCGGUGCGUUUCCAGAGCAGCGGUGCACCUCCAGAUGUCAUCCCAAGGAAUGUAAAAGGUGUGGGUACAUGGAGAAAUAACAUGGAGAUCAGCUGGGAGCCUUUGACCUACAGAGAGUGGAAUGGGCCGCACUUGAAAUAUCUGGUGUGGUGGCGAAGGAAAGAUUCCAGGGAGGAGUGGAAGAAUGCCACCACUAAAUGGCUCAAAUAUUACAUCUACGAUGCUGAUACCUUCACUCCUUAUGAGAUUAAGGUCCAAGCUGUGAAUGACUUUGGGCUGGGCCCAGAGUCCCCUGUUGUCAUUGGUUACUCUGGAGAAGACCGCCCAAUAGUUGCUCCACUUAACCUGAGAGUGUCUGACAUAGAGAGCACCCAGGUGACUGUGCACUGGGACCCAGUGAACCGCAACGCACUUAUGGGAGAACUAAAAGAAUACAAGGUGUACUACUGGAGGGAUAGCAGCCAACUGAGGUGGCUCAGAGUCAGCAGAGCAAUGAUGUCUAGAGUCUUCGCAGAGAAUGGGCCGGAGCCGUCAGGGGUCCUUACUGAUCUCCAUCCGUACAGCAACUAUAAGAUGUACAUCGUGGUGGCCAACAAUCGAUUCGAAGGCCCGGCCAGUAAUAAUAUACACUUCUCAACACCUGAAGGUGUGCCAUCUGCUCCUAAAUCCUUCAGGAUCCAACAGCGACAUCUGGAUACUAUUUACGUCGACUGGGACCUGCCAGCAGAACCCAAUGGGAUCAUCACUGGAUAUUCCCUGCAGUACCAGACAGUGAACACAACCAGAGGAGAGGAGCUGAGGUUUGAAGAGUUCCCACCAAAUGUAACGAGUUUCUCAGUCCGGCGCUAUGACCGCUACACUCGAUACAGGUUUUCUGUGGCUGCACGGACCCAGGUCGGCAUAGGAGAAUGGCACACGGAGGAGUCACCCCACUACACUACUGAAAUUUAUGCUCAGGACCAAGUGGACAUCUCCACUCAGGGUUGGUUCAUUGGGAUCAUGUGCGCCGUUGCCCUCAUCGUGCUCAUUCUUCUCAUCGUCUGCUUUAUCAAGAGGAGCCGAGGCGGGAAAUACCCAGUACGAGAAAAAAAAGACAUUUCACUGGAACUGGUGGAUGACAAAGAUCAUGAGGGAUCAUUUGAUUACCGGUCGCUUGAAAGGAUAGCACGGAUCCCCACUCUGCCCUACUCCCGUCGGGAGGAGGAAAGAGGCAUUCAAAGAGGGCAGCCCUCCAUCGAGGCAAUGAUAAAGCGAUCAGAGAGUGAUGACAGCCUGGUGGACUACAGUGAAGGGGGGGAGAUACCGUUCAACGAGGAUGGCUCAUUCAUUGGCCAGUACACAGGAAGUAGGAGAGAUAUCAGGGAGGAGCUGGACUUUGGUGGAAGUCUGGAGCUGCACUCUCCAAUGAGUGCCAUCUACUCCCUGGCAUAACGUCUCUGCAUCGACUUCACUGUGUUUGUACCCUCCAUCUUGAACUGAGACCACCUUGAUGAAGGUUUGUUUCUGUACCUGCGGGAGUGACAGCUGGAGCCUGAAACAGUGUAACCCCGUGUUACUAUCUGCAGCUUGCUCUGCACCAGUGAUGUAACACAUGAAGAUAUUAAAGCAGAAAAUCACAGAACAGUUGUGACAUUUCUCCAGACUUAGAUUAUUCUCCUAAUGACAAGGAAGCUUUACCAUUUCUUCCUUGUACUGAAUUCAUUGUAAAUAAAAUCACUGCGUGCUUGUUUGUGUGCAAAAAU